UCUUGUCCCUCCUCGGCGACACUGACCCCGCCCUAUGGGUCUCGCUGUGCCACUGCAGUGAAACCGACGUUAAAAAGACAGGAGUUGAGUCAAAAAACAAGAACCUGAAUAUCACUAGCACCGUGUUUUUGUAAUAGCGAGACCCUCUUUUUAUAUCGUUUUUUUCUCCCCGAGUCCUCAUUUCCUGGUCAACCUAUUUCAUCAUCCAACCGGCAAGAUGGGAAAUGAAGCAAGUUACCCCCUGGAAAUGUGCUCGCAUUUCGAUGCUGAUGAGAUUAAGCGUCUGGGAAAGAGGUUUAAGAAACUGGACCUAGAUAACUCUGGAUCCCUUAGCGUGGAGGAGUUCAUGUCCCUGCCUGAACUCCAGCAGAACCCACUGGUCCAGAGGGUCAUCGACAUCUUCGACACCGAUGGAAACGGAGAGGUGGACUUCAAGGAAUUCAUCGAGGGAGUCUCACAGUUCAGUGUCAAGGGGGACAAGGAGUCAAAACUUCGGUUUGCCUUCCGGAUCUACGACAUGGACAAGGAUGGCUACAUCUCCAACGGAGAGCUCUUCCAGGUGCUGAAGAUGAUGGUAGGAAACAACCUGAAGGACACCCAGCUGCAGCAGAUCGUGGACAAGACCAUCAUCAACGCAGACAAGGACGGAGACGGCAGGAUAUCCUUCGAAGAGUUCUGCUUAGUGGUGGGUGGCCUUGACAUACACAAAAAGAUGGUGGUGGACGUGUGAGCCCGUCCCUCCGCUCCUCUCCCCCCCCCUCGCUUUCUUCUCCGUCUGUCUCUGAAGAUCUGCUCAAGACAUCUGACAAACGCUCCCUGUGUAUUUCAAUGGAAGUAUUCUCUCUCUCCUUGAAGCCACUUUUUUUUCUGAAGAAACCACGAGCCUCGUGAAGCCAACUGUGUUAUUCAACUCCUCUCAAUAACACGAAGAAAGACAGAUAUUGUUGUUUGUAAAGAACAUCCCAGUUCAAUGGAGGAGGGAGAGGGAGAAAUGUUUGCUUGUUUAUAUUUAGUUCAUUUUUUCCCUUAGUUUAAAAAAAAUAUAUAUUUAUUUUCGUUCUGGUCUCUUUUUUUUAAAAAAUACACAAAUACUCAUGUAUAUCUAUAACUGCUCUCUCGUGGUUAAAUGUGACGUUAUCUGAGGUGUUACAUUAAAUAAAAAAUACUUGAUUUCAGUUACAAUUGAAAAAAGUAGGGUGUGAAGUGCCAACCAGGACAUACCCAGAAACCAGCUGAUAUUGUUAUUACUAUGAACUUAUCCACGUCGCUGUCAGUGAUGGAUGACUAGGGUGUGAAACGUCAAGCGUUCCCACGUCAUCACAUGAUGACCCGAUGCACAUUUUAUUUUCACAAAUAAACAGCGAUCUCUUUUGUUCCAUUUACAUCCUCUUGAGCAAGUUGCGAUUAGAUCAGUUAAACUUCCAAUCACAUGAAACAUAAAAUAUAAUGUUAUCGUAACAUGAGUGUUUUAUUUAUAGUUACUUAUAUUGUCGGAAAUGAUUAUUCUGUUGUUGUUUUUUUUCAGACUUUCUGGAAGAAGAAAAAAAACUAAAUGUCAAGUAGAGAUACAUGCCAAGAAAGUGUUUUUGUCAUUUAUUGACUUUGAUUACAUGUUUUUACGUUGAAAAGUCUGUAUCGGUCUACAUAACAGUCACCCAAUCCAAAGUAACAGGUAGUCAGUCUGGCAGUUAGAGGUUCGCCAGCAUCCAGAGGGUUGCCGGUUUGAAAUCCGAGGUCUGAUGGGAAAAAUCGUUUGGGAAGUGAACAGGCAACGAGAUGGUUGUUGGUAUCAAAUCCUAGAUGCUAUUGCCUGCCGUUGUGAUCUUGAGCAAGGCACUUAACCCCGUACAGAAACUGUUCCACGGGCUCGGUGGUAAGGCUGCUCCAAACUGUGUGUGUGUGUGUGUCUUUCGGAGGGUUUUGGAAUAGUCACGUUUCAGUUGCACCUUGAAUAAAGUGGCCCAGAGCGCAUCACUCAAGUUGAAGAAUCUCUCUUCAAGUCAUGGAGCGCAUCUAUGAAAAUCUAUUGUAUUACAUUUUGAACUGAAGUUUGGAGGAAUAUCCUGAGCCUAAUGACAUCGAGAUGGAAAACAAUUCUCGACAUAGAUUGUAAAUGUCAGUGUGUUAUUGAGACAACAUGUAAGGGAUAAGAGGCUAUACGUUCUAUGGAAAACAAUACACGACGUGGAAGGAUUGUUCCACGACGCGCAAGCGGAGCGAAACUAACCUUCCACUGAGUUGCACUAUUUUCCAGAGAGCCUGAGUUGAUUAUUCCUUUUAUACCACAGCUAUAAAUUAAACACGUUUGCCGCUAGAAAUGUGUUCAUUUGCAAAGUAGCUAGAAAGUUGCCACGGGAACCAAACAAACAGACUUGCUAGUUUAGUUAUUAAGCAAGCCAUCGGUCCAAGCUUGCUAUAAGAACAUCUAAUUCAACAAUGACGUUUUUCAAAUAGACGUUUGUUUUUAAAAGCAGCUUAAACAUAGAACAUGUAAGAAUCUACUAUAGCCAUUGAAUUCUACCGUGCUGAUAUACUGUGUGUUAUAGGGAAAUAAUGCACGCUCUAGAAUGCCCUUCAAGCCAAUCAGAAACGAGUAUCCAACAAUGCCAUGGUAUAAAUAAUGUUAAGGCAUCGUAUUGAGACUCAACUGUAGGCCGCAUUGUUAGUUUUGUAACCAAUAGACACUGAGUGUACAAAACAUUAAGAACACCAUCCUAAUAUUGAGUUGCACCCACCCCCCACUCUUUGCCCUCAAAACAGCCCAAAUUCGUCAGGACAUGGACUCUACAAGGUGUUGAAAGCAUUCCACAGGGAUGCUGAUCCAUGUUGACUCCAUUGCUUCCCACAGUUGUAUCAAGUUGUCUGGAUGUUCUUUGGCUGGUGGACCAUUCUUGAUACACACGGGAAACUGUCGAGCAUGGAAAAACCCAGCAGCAUUGCAGUUCUUGGUACAAACCAGUGUGCCUGGCACAUACCAACUUACCCUGUUCAAAGGCACUUAACUCUGUUGUCUUGCCCAUUCACCAUCUGUCUGAAUCUGCACACAUACACAAUCUGUCUCAAUUUUAUCAGGGCUUAAAAAUCAUUCUUUAACCUCCCCUUCAUCAAUACAGAUUUUUAUUUUAAAUGUUUAUUUAACUAGGCAAGUCAGUUAAUUAAGAACAAAUUCUUAUUUUACAAUGACGGCCUACCCCGGGACAAACCCUCCCCUAACCCGGAUGACGCUGUGCCAAUUGUGUGCCGCCCUGUGGGCCUCCCGAUCACGGACGGUUAUGAUACAGCCCGAGAUCGAACCCGGGUCUGUAGUGAUGCCUCUAGCACUGAGAUGCAGUGCAUUAGACCACUGCGCCACUCGGAAGUAGAUUUAAUAAUCGACUUCAUACCCUUCACCUGGUCAGCCUAUGUCAACGGAUAGGGUAGGUAGGUGUUCCUAAUGUUUUGUCCACUCAGUGUAUACUAGAUUAGGUUGCUUAGUUAGAUGUCAAAGCCCUCCUGAAUAGUGCUGUUAUACUACAGGGUUCUUUCCAAUGUAACAACGGAGUUACUCGACAUGGGAUGGUGUAUAUUUUAAUGUUUCUUCUUUCACCACUUGUUUUCCUAUCACGAACGCCUCAUCGUUCCUCUCCCUCUGCGGUAUUAAAAGCAGGGAGAUCAACACAAGCAUUUACCAAACUACCGUAUUUAAAGGGGAGGCGGGCAUCCCUGGCAAAAUGUAAUAACAAAAUGGUGUGUCGGGUUGGCUUUAAGUGACCUCAUUUCCUUUUUCGGGCACCAGUGAUUUGUUGUCCGGUUGGCUUUGAGUGACCUCAUUUCCUGGUUUGGACACCAGUGAUUUGUUGUCCGGUUGGCUUUGAGUGACCUCAUUUCCUGGUUUUAGACACCAGUGAUUUGUUGUCCGGUUGGCUUUGAGUGACCUGAUAGGUGGGUUUAGACACCAGUGAUUUGUUGUCGGGUUGGCUUUGAGUGACCUCAUUUCCUGGUUUUAGACACCAGUGAUUUGUUGUCCGGUUGGCUUUGAGUGACCUGAUAGGUGGGUUUAGACACCAGUGAUUUGUUGUCGGGUUGGCUUUGAGUGACCUCAUUUCCUGGUUUUAGACACCAGUGAUUUGUUGUCCGGUUGGCUUUGAGUGACCUGAUAGGUGGGUUUAGACACCAGUGAUUUGUUGUCGGGUUCGCUUUGAGUGACCUCAUUUCCUGGUUUAGACACCAGUGAUUUGUUGUCCGGUUGGCUUUGAGUGACCUCAUUUCCUGGUUUGGACACAAGUGAUUUGUUGUCAGGUUCGCUUUGAGUGACCUGAUAGGUGGGUUUAGACACCAGUGAUUUGUUGUCCGGUUGGCUUUGAGUGACCUCAUUUCCUGGUUUGGACACCAGUGAUUUUAGUGAGAAACAUUGAGUUGGAGUGUCAUCGGAUGUGUAUCAAACGGCACCCUAUUCCCUAUGUGGUGCACUACUUUUGACCAGAGUUGGCACCCUAUUCCCUAUGUGGUGCACUACUUUUGACCAGAGUUGGCACCUAUUCCCUAUGUGGUGCACUACUUUUGACCAGAGUUGGCACCCUAUUCCCUAUGUGGUGCACUACUUUUGACCAGGGCCUCAUAGGACUCUGUUUAAAACGCCUCCCAUUUGCUUGCAGGAUUUUGGUUCCGCAUGUAGAUGAACCAUUUAAAUAAUCCUCUUGUUAAUUAACACAUGAAUGGUGAUGUUAGUAAUUAUGAUAUUUAAUCAUCUACUGGUGGCUACAAUAUGGAUAUGUUCGCAUUAUGAGCAGUAAAUCCAAAACAAACUGAACUAUUUAAGUGUUUAGUAUUUUCCUCCCGGAUCAACGAGAUGAUUCUUAAUUUUUUCCCCCAGUAAAAGGUCUGUUUCCUGCGUCAACUGCUACACACUGUACUCUGCUUUCACGGGGAGAUAUGAUGCGGUUUGUAUAUAUGUAUUUAUGCAGUUCCAUCUUCCUGUUCUGUUGUCCUUAUAGUUCCAGACUGCUCCUUAGUUUUGUAACUGCUAUUUUUUUUGAAGGAGACUUUAUUUUUUGUGUUUUUUUUUUAGUAUAUGGAAAAUGAAAAUGGUUUAAGUUUGAGAUUUCUUUUUCCCCUUUUCUCUGCAUUCUGCAUCUGAUGCUGUGAGACUGUUGGAAACGUGAUACUGAAUGACAAUAACAAAUAAAUACACUUUGAAACAUUGUAA